AUGACUGUCACUCGUGGCUUCACUGAAGAGGCGGAUAAAUUACUGGAAUUUUUGGAGAGUGGAAUAUUUGACGCGCUGCAAAAGCAGUAUUUGAAAAGUUUCAUCUUUGCUGUAUAUCUGGAUCCGCAAGAUCCCAACAAUAUCGUCGAGGCUUACACAUUCAACUUCAACUAUUACACUCCUCCGGGGAGCAGUGCGGCCAUUCCGAUUAUGUCGCUGGGUGACGAUCUUAUGAAGUUGUCUCUGGACCAAAAUCAUCGUGAGGACGCGGAUCCUGUCGCAGAAGCAGUCAGGCAGGGGAAGGCACCGACCUUAGGGGAAAUGUUGGUCAAAAAUCUUAUACAAGCUACGACACAGAUGGACCCACUACCGAGGCGCCGAUACGCCACAUUCAAGCUGUUCUAUCACGACCACACCCCGGAAGAUUACGAGCCGCCUCAUUUUCGUGCUGGGGACGUGGAGAAAGACAGAUGGUUCUUCGCCACGCAUGAUAAACGCGAGACACCGGAGAAGUGCAGUGUCGGACGCUUAGAGACUGGCUGGCACGGAGUCGACGUUCGCAUUGCGUCCGUUUCAGCAUACUUGCCUUCAACAGAAGACAACAACGCCGCCUUCGCCGGUACCUGCGGGCCUCUUGCAAAGGGAGCCCCGAGCCUAACGCCUGCGGAAGAAGCAACGACCAGGGCUCAGGAAAUUGAGCUGCAGGCACGCGACGCAGAGAAGCGACGCGUCAUUUGGGAUGCCGAAGAUGGUUUGACCGAUAUGGACGCUGACGGCGAACAAGAUCCCGAUUACGAUCCGGGAGACCGUAGCUCACGGAAAGGCAACAAGUUCGCCGUAGAAAUCAGCGAACCCCUCGGGAUCAGAAAUGCUGAUGGUAAUAUUGUGUCGAUGCUCCCUGCGGAGCCGAAUAUGGCUGUUGAGAAGGGGAUCGCACCUAAGUCUCCUUCUCUGCCGCCCUCAGAUCUGGAAGAGAGCAUUACGACGCCCACCCAAAGCCAAGUGGACACCAUGAUGCUCAUGGACAAUUUGGCUGCAGGGCAGACCGAUCCUGCAGAGGAUUCGGAAAUGCUGGAUCUUGAGAGUCAGAUCGUCCCUCAAGGCUCUUAUGUUCAGGACUCUAUCGAGUCGUUCCAGAGCAGGAUCUCCAUCUCUCCACCUGAGCAAAUGUCUGUAGACGUUGAGCCGGCGCGGGAAGUCCUGGACAGAGGCUUGGACUGCGAGUGUGGUUCACAGACGGAUGAUGACCAAUGCUGGUGCGACUCUUGCGGCCGUUGGUAUCAUGUUUGGUAUCACUCGGCUAAGGACAAACGACUUCCCGCCAAAUUCUUAUGCUUCGACUGCCGAGUCCGAGCUGAUCAGAAUUGGGAUCUCAUCGUGGUCCACGACUUAUAUCCAAGUAUGAUUGCAAAGUUCAAGGAUCUCGCGUUAUUCAGGAGGGCCAUUAAAAUUGCGGAAAUCCACGAACCCGAAUCCCCGUCGGAAUUUUGCAAACUCCUCGGGGUUGAAGCUGAUGUGUCAGGGCAGCUCUUCAAAAGAUUGGAGGGCGAAGGAUUCAUUGAGCAGGUGCCGAUUGAGAUCGAUGAUAUCGGCCUACUCGACACUCGCUCUCGCGCCGCCAAGGCGAAAGCGAAAGGGAAGCAACCAAAGCGCAAAAAUCUACAGAAAAAGUCAUAUAGAUUUGUUCGCGCUUCCAAACGAUGCACUGCGUAUCUGGACUACUUCAAUCCGGACGUGGACGUCGAGAAACGCAUCCUUGGGUUCCCUCUUGAGCUACCUAAAUCCGCUCCCCCGACCCCAAUUCUCUGCGACCUGCAGGUUGAGUCGCAAACUCAGAACGAGACCCAAUUCUUUACCGAUCGAGUCCUACGAGACGCAACGGACAAGGAUCUGAAACGCAAGCUGAACUCAGCAGAUGACCGGACGAAGCGCGGCAAGAAAGUCAAGAUCUCCGUUGUAGCUGGCGUGGAUCUUGGCGACUAG